CCAAGGCACGCAUAUUAACUUCCAAGAAAGUUUUAAGAGCUUCCUUUCCAAUUGGUCGAAACUGUGAGGUAAGAGGUGCAUCCGCACUGCACCUGUGCUGAGAUCUGCUCAGAUAGGUGUAUAUUAGGGGAUUGCAGCUACGCUUCAACCUCCAAGUCAGAUUGCAUAGCGGACCCGUUCCGCAAUGUCAGAUCAAAGUCAUGCGCCCACCAGCGCCUUUCCUAGCGUGCCUGCAGAGUACCAGGGCGUCUGGCGGAGGACUCUCCUCAGAAGCGCCGACGGGGCAGAGGACACAACCACCAGAGUGUUUUGGUUGCAGACCGCUCGCCACCAUGUGGAUAUUAGAGUGCCGGCAGAGCGUCCGUCUUUGGGCGGAGCAACGUCUCUCGCGGAGCUCAACAGAGAGCAGCUGAAUGGGCUAGCAUUGCAGCAAGGCUUCGGGGGCGUGACGGAAGUCAAAGGCGACGUCUGUCAGUGGACACGGCAGGCGGACUUUCAGCCGCCCACUGGAGACAAUGACAUUGGGCGCAUGGUUUUCAAGGGCCGGGUUCAAGUGCUGGAAUAUGGGGUGGAGAGCGACUACUUUGAGGACUGGGCACGAGAGCCUGGGUCGGACGGUGACAGCUUUGCGUUGGAGCGACUUUCAGACGACGGCAAGUCGCCGACAGUCCCGCUCACCAGGCUGCUCGUCGCGGGGGGCAAGUUCAUGUACAUAAGAGCCAGGCACGGGGACACCCUGCCAAAGAGCGCGAGCUUCUCGGAGCUGGCUGCAAACCUCAGUGACGAUGAGCUGCGAAGGGCAUUGGACUUCGAGAUUUCGUACGGUUCCAUAGACUCGCCCGGUCCGGAACCGCGCCGGUGGAUCGUCGACCUCUCCACUCUUCCAUGGCGUGAAGGAGAAGCAGCCCUUUCCAGCGAAGCAUUCCGAAACGUAUUGAAACACGCUCCAGGGGAGGUUGUCAGCGAAUCAGGAGACAACGAAGGCAGCAAGUGGAGAAUCUUGGACUUGACACAGUCUUCUAGCAGCUCGUAGCCCCCAAUUCAAGAGGCUGGCAACUAUAACACCGCGGCGUCACCACAGUGCCAGUAUAGCAAGCCAAUUAUGUGGGACAUGUAAUAAGAAGGGGACCACUCAUGCUCGAAAGAAAGCAGGGCCUGGCCAUGCUAAGUUACGAUCUCAAUCAGGUUUUAAGCAAGCACUCGUGCACGCAACCGUAGCGCUAGUCACACUCUACCUUACUAAAAAUAUUCACCGUAAGUAUCAGAUUGUUAACUUUGGCCAAGUGCACACAUGCAACGUGUCCAGAUUUUAGCUGGAUAUGUACGCAUGUGACUUGUGAUCGAACUAAGUGCGGAUGCACUCGAAUCUGGCAGCCGCAUGAGAGGCAAGGUCUGCCAAUACAGAUCAUUGCAGUACGCAAAUGCAUGC